AUGGACAACAACCUCGACCUGCUUCCCAGUGCGCUCUUCUCACCGUCGAAGGCUGCUCAGCAGCGAGCACAAGCGCAAGAUUGGCACCAUGUCGAUACCUGGCUUGCAUCUAAAUACCAAGGACGCAGUGUCCCGCAAUUCGAGCGAAAUGAAGAAACGCUGAAAGCGUGCCUUGCCAUAGUUGCUGCAAAUGAGAAAGCGGAUGAAGAGCGCGAUCUUUUGCUCAGCAUUCAAAAGGAAGCGUUGGCAGAGCUGAAAAGCCAGGAAAACACGGAAAAUGACUCCACGAGCAGUGCUGCGAUCCUGAACUUGCUGUCAAAUUCAUUGACGGCAAAAGGCAAGGCUAGUCUUGAGGCUCUUGCGGCAGCGGCUGUGACGCUCGAUGCCCCAUCUGCAGAACCUAUGUGCAUAGCAAAGACAAUCAUCACGCAAACUCAAACUUCCCAAGCGCUUUCCCAGACCCUGCUUCGCGUAAACUCGUUACAACGUCGCCUAGAGAACGAGCUCAUCGCCCUGCGUUCUCAGCUCGCAGAGCUUCGGUCUCCUGCGUUUCAAGCGCCCUUGAAUUUGCAAAGGCAAACGCUAGAGUGGAAUAGGAAUACAAAACAGUUGCGAACCAAGAUUGGGGAGUACAAUGAACGACUGAGCACGCUCGAAGGCAAAGACAGCGGUUUGAUCGAGGACGUUGUCCGUCGUGAAAAAGGCGUUAUAGAGUUGACUGAGAGAGUUAAGGAUUUGGAGGCUCAAGUUGAAGCAUUUAAAGGGCUACCCCGAGAUAAGGAUGCGGCAAGACAGGUCGUGGAGAAGGCGAGCAAGGAGCUUGCCGCGUUGCAAAGGCAGAGGGACAAGAUGUUUGAAGAGCUCAUUGAAAAGGGUUGAAAUAUAUGUUGGCGAGUCUUUGUCUGCCAGUGUCGAUGUAGACCCGCUCCGCGUUCCAAACUGAUGUGGUGGUCUGGCUUCCUUACGGUAAAGCGUCAAAUUACGUUGCGGUAUGCGACACUCCGUAUAAUCCAAUCAGGGGAUUGCAAAAUCAUACCCAGAGAAAUGCUGUAUCGAACAAAAAAGAAAGCAAAGGUAUCGACAAUAAUGGU